UGGGCGUGGCAGCCAUUUUGUUUUGGACACCGAGCGGGAGUUGGUGGAAGCAGCCGUGGUGGCACAGGCGAAAGGCAGGAAAGGGCAGGCCGGGCGAGCAGACGGAUCGGCCGACUGGACAGCCAAACAACAGCGAAUAAACCUCGCAAUCUACCAAUUACGCAUCUAACCAACCGCCCAGCUAGUUAACUCGAGCCCCCUCCAUCGUCAAUUCAGGUUCGGCCGGCCCCCGGCCCUCUUGCCGCAGCCGUGGUGGCAGCCCCGGGAGGAGCACUGGCGUCCGUUUCCUUCGAUUCUCGGGAUUUGAAGAUGGCUGCACAGUCAGCGCCGAAAGUUGUGCUAAAAAGCACCACCAAGAUGUCUCUAAAUGAGCGCUUUACUAAUAUGCUGAAGAACAAACAGCCGAUGCCAGUGAAUAUUCGUGCUUCGAUGCAGCAACAACAGCAGCUAGCCAGUGCCAGAAACAGAAGACUGGCCCAGCAGAUGGAGAAUAGACCCUCUGUCCAGGCAGCAUUAAAACUUAAGCAGACUUUAUAUGCAAGUCCGGACAGAGGCUGUGGAAGGAUAUGUCCAAGCUGUGGCUGGGCGUCUGGAGGGCGGUGCCAUGCAACUAAGAGCUUAAAGCAGCGCCUGGGUAAGAGUAACAUCCAGGCACGGUUAGGCCGACCCAUAGGGGCCCUGGCCAGGGGAGCAAUCGGAGGACGAGGCCUGCCCAUAAUCCAGAGAGGCUUGCCCAGAGGAGGACUACGUGGGGGACGUGCUACCAGAACCCUGCUUAGGGGCGGGAUGUCGCUCCGAGGUCAAAACCUGCUCCGAGGUGGACGAGCCGUAGCUCCCCGAAUGGGCUUAAGAAGAGGUGGUGUUCGAGGUCGUGGAGGUCCUGGGAGAGGGGGCCUAGGGCGUGGAGCUAUGGGUCGUGGCGGAAUCGGUGGUAGAGGUCGGGGUAUGAUAGGUCGGGGAAGAGGGGGCUUUGGAGGCAGAGGUCGAGGCCGUGGAAGAGGAAGAGGUGCCCUUGCUCGCCCUGUAUUGACCAAGGAGCAGCUGGACAACCAGUUGGAUGCAUACAUGUCGAAAACGAAAGGACACCUAGAUGCUGAGUUGGAUGCUUACAUGGCGCAGACAGAUCCCGAAACCAAUGAUUGAAGCCUGCCCACCCUCCUUUGAGAGACUCUUGUUAAAAGUUACCACAUCUGUAAAUAACCUUGACAUAACAGAUGAGAAGAAGCCUGAUUGAUGCUAGAAGGACUUAUCACAAUAGGCUGUGGACUUACUUGCCACCAGUUUGUGCAUUUAGUGUGUUCCUUUUACUUUUUGAUACUGUGUUGUAUGAAACCCUUUUUUCCUUUGAUUUGGUUUGUUUUUUUUUCCUCCUUCGCCCAGACGUCUCUUUCAACAUGUGUUAACCUUAUGGCUAGAACACCCUCUUUCUACCUCUGCCUCCCCUCACCUGUCAUAAUGCUCUGACAUUGUAACAUUUCUUCUAUUCAUUUCUGUGUCCCCCAACAAAAAGAUCCCAGAAGGAGCCCAUCAGUGUUCCUCCCUGAUGCCUAGCUUUGUGAGGUAGAGAUCUGUUCUGCAUCCUCUUUAAUAGCCUCUUAGAAUGUUUAGAAAAUAAGGAGAUGAAAAACGCGUUCUGCCAUGUUGAUAAUUUAGCGUAGUAAAUUGGGUACGUGGACAUUGCUACAGGGCCACAUAACAGUUUACAUAUGGUAGCAUCUCUCAUUUGCUUGAAGUUACUACCGUUGUGUGUUGACACCACAGAUAGUAACCAUUACUCUGGGUUGGGUAUACCUGCACUCUCCAACCUCAAAUGAGAUUCGUAAACUUUCCUUUUGGCUUUGCAUCAUGUCCAAAGAGGUACUAUUGGACUGGCCUACACCUGCAAUAUAGAAGCCAUUUAUUUGGUUUGGCAGAUGUGUCAAAAGGGAGAAGGAUGGCAGACUAACUGCUGGGAGAGUUCGGAAGAUACCCAUGCUGAAAUGCAGUUAUCCUCAUGUUUAUCCCAAACCAGUCUUGGGCUUGUCUAUGCAUUGGCUUUGUGUGACGUUCUUAUUUCCCUUGAAGGUUUAAUUAAGUUUAACCAUAUUCUGUCAACUGUUCUACUUGCGGUGGAAUCUUGUAUUUCUGGUUCAUUAUAACAAAUCUUUCAAAUGUAA